CUAUUUCUUAGCACAGUCACAUUUUGUCCACUCCUAAAAGUGAACACUAUCUCCCAAUUAUCAGCAUGGCAAAGAUCGCUUUCAUUCUCGCUGCAUUUGUGGCCGUAGCCCUCGCUGAACCACCGAAAGCUGUUCCCAUUGUGGAAUACACUAAUCAACGCACGGACGAUGGACAAUACGACCUAAAAUACGUAUCAGGAGACGGUACUAUUGUUACUUCCAAGGGUGUUUUGAAACCCACUGCUGAUGGAAAGGACAACGUUCUUGUAUACACUGGAUCUUAUCAGUACACUGCUCCUGAUGGAGCUCCCGUCAGCCUGAGCUACGUAGCUGAUGUAGAUGGUUUCCGUGUUAGCGGAACUCACGUGCCACAGGCCCCACUUGCUUAAAUUUUCAUUUUUGUACUAUGGAAUAAAAUUGAUCAUCCAAUUCCAAGUGAUGAAGAUUAAUUAAAAAAAAUUGC